UUUUACAUGUGAGUGUGUGUGUGUGUCUGUGUGUGUUUGUGCGUGUUACACGUCCAUAUAACACACAUAAACACACGUUAUACAACAGUAUGGUUCAGUACAAGAGUGGUUCUUUCAUUAGGUCAUCAAGCUGAUACACCUGCUCUGACAUUCCUACUAUAGGCCAGUCCAUCCCAAACAUCACCGUUUUUGCUUUUGACCUCAAUGGAAACCUGUAUUUAAUUUUGCAACGCCUUCACCCCUUCACGGUCUUACAUAUGUUACGUGUUGCACAACAGUCUGUUCUCCUCACAUUACUUGUUCCAUUUUCUUAUCAUUUACCCGAACACAAGAUGAAGGCUGUUGAGAGAAAUUGAGGCAGACACCAUUUUUUUAUUGCCGAACAUAAAAAGUAUUUUCAACAGAUGUUUAUGUAGAAAAACAGGGACCAAAACCAAGAUAUCUGACCGUUCUCACAUUAUCCUGCACCUCUUAUAAAAUCACUGCAGUCUGAUGAAGGGUGCAAAACAUAAUCUUCAGAUCUGCUCUUGCUUUUCUCUCUCCCUUCGCUCAUUCCACUGGUCUGUCACCUGUGUUUGCUUCCAGUCCCACCAGCACUCUGUCUGACACACACAAACCCUCAACAGAAUGGACUAAAAUCCUCGCUGCGAUUCUCUGCCUUCCAAAGGAUUUUGGUCACAUCUUUCACCCAAGACGUUUCUCGUUAUCUGUCAUUCCCUUUUAAGAUCCCUUUGUCUGUAAACCGUUGCUGUUAUGCUCCCUUUAGUCAUCGAUCAGUUUGUUACACCAUCUGUUCCAUUUUCCACAAGAUAUCUUUUCAUGUCCCAAUCUUCAUUCCACAUUGUCUCGCUAUUGUUAAAUGUAGAAGGAAAGGUCAUUUUUCCAAUAUAUAUUUAAAUAUAUAAUUUGGGAAUUUUGUUCACAUAUAGCAGGGGAAUUCUCAAUUUUUAUAAGUUAAUACUGGGACAACUGUGAUCUAUUUUCGAGGGGCUUGUCAUUUAAUGUGGAUAUAUCAGAGAAGGAAAGUGUUCGCAGCAUGGUAAAAUGGUUGUUUGGAAUUAGAUAUAUUGGGAACUAACCAAAAACUGUUGGACUUUUGGUGUGUGUAUGCGUGUGUAUGCGUGUGUGUAUGUGUGUGUGUGUGUGAGAGAGAGAGAGAUAGAGAGAGAGGGAGUGAGUGUGAGGUAAAGAGAGUGUAUUACACUCAGCAAUAGACAGAUUCAUAGAUAAGAAGAGCAAACCACAUAAUUCAUUCUUUCUCCACCUCUCUCUUUAUAUUUCCUUUAUUUUUUCUUUUGAAGUAGAAUUGAACACUCCUCUACAUUAUAGGAAGAUAUUGGGGAAUGGGGUUUUUUGAAUAUUCUUCACAAUGAUAAAUUCAUUCUGGAUGUAGCUGUUUUCCUGAGGAAGUACUCUACGAUUGGAAUUCCAAAUGAAAACUUCUAAUUAACUGUUAUUAUAAACAACACUUAUAUUCAGGACAUUUUGCUAUUUUUCCCCCUAAUGGACUAAAGCAGAUUUUAAUACUUUUUUCCACUAUUGAAUUUUAAUGUUUUUUUACUGUCAAGGAUUAAGGACAUAACAUCUUUACUUCUAGUGAUUUAUUUGUCACAUUUUCUUCUAUCUACAAAAACGAUUACAUUUAGAAUCACUCAGUUUUAAGGGUUAAUUAGUUCACCCACCCUCAGUCUGAGGCUAUGAGAGGGAGAGAGGAGUCCCAGACCACACCAUCAUGCUACUUCUGAGAAGCAGGGAUGACAUUUUGGCUGGCAAUAAACAAGGGACUCAGCCGCCCGUCCAGCGGGAGAGUUUAUAUCAUCCAUAAUAAAGAGCCUUAUCCUGCUUCAAACCACACCUCAUGAAAUAUUGAUCAGUAGGUACCACAUUCCCACUCCUCUACCAUGCCUUCCUGCGGCCGCUACGGCCACUCCCGACUCCAGGAGAAGAGACGUCCGCCGGGACUCCGUGCGGCCUGCGCCUCCCUCUCCCUGCCCCUCCUCGGCCUCGCGCUGUGCCUGCUCCAUCUGCCCCUCGCCUGCCACUCCCGCAGAGACAAGGGUGGGGGCAUGGCCCACUACAUCCCCGUGGGCCAGUCCCCCCGUCACCAGGUGUUGCCCAAGCUGCUGCCGGGCCUGAGCAUCGCCGUGGUGCUGGUGGGCAACUCCAGCGAGGUGGCACUGGCAGGUGCCCGGGAGAAGGACGACUUCCUGCACAUGCCUCUGGCGCCCAACGUGGAGGUGCUCACCAUGAAUGAGACGGACCCCAAGAGCAUCAUCAAAAGCAUCUGUGACCUGAUGACGGAGCACUGGCUGCAGGGCGUGGUGUUCGGGGACGACACGGACCAGGAGGCCAUCGCCCAGAUCCUGGACUUCAUCUCAGCUCAGACGCACAUACCCAUCCUGGGGGUCCGCGGGGGCUCCUCUAUGAUCAUGGCCGCUAAGGAUGACAAUUCCAUGUUCUUCCAGUUCGGGCCGUCCAUUGAGCAGCAGGCCUCAGUCAUGCUCAACAUUAUGGAGGAGUAUGACUGGUACAUUUUCUCCAUCGUCACCACAUACUACCCUGGAUACCUGGACUUUGUCAACAAGAUCCGGAGCACCAUAGAGAACAGCUUUGUGGGCUGGGAAUUGGAGGAGGUUCUGCUUCUGGACAUGUCAGUGGACGAUGGAGACUCCAAGAUCCAGAACCAGCUGAAGAAGCUGCAGAGUCCUGUCAUCCUGCUCUACUGCACCAAGGAAGAGGCCAACACCAUCUUUGAAGUGGCCCAUUCCGUGGGCAUCACGGGCUAUGGCUACACCUGGAUUGUCCCUUCACUUGUGGCCGGAGACGCUGAAGUGAUCCCGGCCGAGUUCCCUACAGGUUUAAUCUCUGUGUCGUACGAUGAGUGGGACUACGGCCUGGAGGCCCGUGUGCGCGACGGCGUGGCCGUCAUCGCCAUGGCAACCAACACCAUGAUGCUGGACAGAGGGGCUCACACCCUGAUGAAGUCUGAGUGCCACGGGGCCACCGACAAGAAAGGGCCCAUUGCCGGGAACCCCAACGAAGUGCUCAGGUAUCUGAUGAACGUGACAUUUGAGGGCCGGAACCUGUCUUUUAGUGAAGAUGGCUACCAGAUGCACCCCAAACUGGUCAUCAUCCUCCUGGACAAGAUGAGACAGUGGGACAAGGUUGGGAAGUGGGAGAAUGGCUCACUGUCCAUGAAGUAUCACGUGUGGCCUCGUUUUGAGCUCUACUCAGGGGCAGAAAGCCGAGAGGACGACCACCUGUCCAUCGUAACGCUGGAGGAGGCGCCGUUUGUCAUCGUGGAGGACGUAGACCCCCUCAGUGGCACCUGCAUGAGAAACACCGUGCCCUGUAGGAAACAGCUCCAGACCAUGAAUAAAACUCAAGACUCUGGGAUCUAUAUCAAACGCUGCUGUAAGGGCUUCUGCAUUGACAUCCUGAAGAAGAUUGCCAAGCAUGUAAAGUUCACCUACGACCUCUACCUAGUGACCAAUGGAAAACAUGGCAAGAAGAUCAACGGCACCUGGAACGGCAUGGUGGGAGAGGUAGAGACAAAGAAGGCCCACAUGGCGGUGGGCUCCCUAACCAUCAACAAGGAGAGGUCGGAGGUCAUUGAUUUCUCGGUGCCCUUCAUCGAGACAGGUAUCAGUGUCAUGGUGUCCCGAAGCAACGGCACUGUCUCACCCUCUGCCUUCCUUGAGCCCUUCAGUGCUGAUGUGUGGGUGAUGAUGUUCGUGAUGCUGCUGCUGGUGUCAGCCAUCGCCGUGUUUGUGUUUGAGUACCUGAGCCCCGUGGGCUACAACCGCUGUCUGGCCGACGGCAGAGAGCCGGGAGGGCCCUCGUUCACCAUUGGCAAGGCCAUCUGGCUGCUGUGGGGUUUGGUCUUCAACAACUCCGUCCCUGUGCAGAACCCUAAGGGUUGGACCAGUAAAAUCAUGGUGUCCGUGUGGGCCUUCUUCGCCGUCAUCUUCCUGGCCUCCUACACCGCCAACCUGGCCGCCUUCAUGAUCCAGGAGGAAUACGUGGACCAGGUGUCUGGGCUCAGCGACAAGAAAUUCCAGAGACCCAAUGACUUCUCCCCGCCGUUCCGGUUUGGUACGGUCCCCAACGGCAGCACAGAAAGGAACAUCAGGAACAACUACCAGGAGAUGCACGGUUACAUGGUCAAGUUCCACCAGAAAAAUGUGGACGAGGCCCUGUAUGGCCUGAAGACUGGUAAACUGGACGCCUUCAUCUAUGACGCCGCAGUGCUCAACUACAUGGCCGGGAGGGACGAGGGCUGUAAGCUGGUGACCAUCGGCAGUGGGAAGGUGUUUGCCUCCACCGGCUACGGCAUUGCCAUUCAGAAAGAGUCUGGCUGGAAGCGUCAUGUGGACCUUGCCAUCCUUCAGCUCUUUGGAGAUGGUGACAUGGAGGAGCUGGAGGCCAUGUGGCUGACAGGGAUCUGCCACCACGAGAAGAACGAGGUGAUGAGCAGCCAGCUGGACGUGGACAACAUGGCCGGCGUCUUCUACAUGCUGGGGGCGGCCAUGGCUCUGUCGCUCAUCACCUUCAUCGCAGAGCAUGCCUUCUACUGGCAACUGCGCUUCUGCUUCAUGGGCUACUGCACGGGCAAGCCGGGAUUCGUCUUCUCCAUCAGCAGGGGCAUCUACAGCUGUAUCCACGGCGUUCAGAUCGAGGAGAAGAGCGGCUCAGCGCUGGACUCGCCGUCAGCCACCAUGAACAACACCCACUCCAACAUCCUGCGUCUCCUCCGCACCGCCAAGAACAUGGCCUCCCUGUCUGGGGUUAACGGCUCGCCGCACAGCGCUCUGGACUUCAUCCGCCGGGAGUCGUCCGUAUACGACAUCUCGGAACACCGCCGUAGUCUGGCCGGUCACUCGGACUGCAAGCCCGCAUACAUGCCGGAGGACAACAUGUUCAGUGACUACAUCAACGAGGUGGAGAGAACAUUCGGGAACCUGCACCUGAAAGACAGCAACCUUUACCAGGACCAUUACUCGCAUCGCCAUGGAGGCUCUGCGCUGGGGCUCAGCGGCCCGCCUCUCAACCGGCCCCACAGUCUGGGCAGCAACAGCUCUCUGGAAGGGGGCAUGUUCGACUGUGACAGUCUCGGGGGAGGAGUGGCGCCCAUUUUCACCACCCAGCCGCGCUCGGCCCUGACCCACAGGAACAUGAGCAAGUUUGACCUGAUUGCCGGUCAGACGCCCCCGCCGGGCUUCAAAUCUGGACUCUCGGACCUGUACGGGAAGUUCUCCUUCAAGGCAGGUUCUGGCUACAUCCCCGGGCACGACAGGUACUGCGGGGGAGGGGGCAGAGAGGAUGAUGGGAACAUCCGUUCAGAUGUCUCAGACAUCUCCACUCACACCGUCACCUAUGGGAACCUUGAGGGCAACGCUAAGAAGCGCAAGCAGUACCGGGACAGCCUGAAAAAGAGGCCCGCCUCAGCCAAGUCCAGACGGGAGCUGGAUGAAAUUGAGCUUGGCUACCGGAGAAAGCCUUACCACACCGGGUACCACCACUAUCAUGGCCACCGCUCGUCUCCACCUCUACUGCCCUCCGAACGCAAAAGGGCAGGAGGGGGCAACUCGGGAAGCUCGUCCUACCUGUUCCGCGACAAAGAAAGCGUGAGGGAUUUCUAUUUGGACCAGUUCCGCCCCAAAGACGGCGUACCCCAGUGGGAACAUGUGGAUCUGACAGAUGGUCCUGGUGGGGGAGGCGGGGUUGGGGGUGGUAAUUGCACCAGUUUGGUGUCAGUGGAUGACUUCCUGAAACAAAACAAACCCAAGAAGUCGGAGUCCAAGAGUGGGGGAGGCACGUCCGUGGCGGGGUUGGCAGGGGGCGACUGGGAGUGUCGGAACUGCCGUGCCAGUGGAGGAGGGGGCAAGCAGAUGUCGAUGCAUGGCAGCGGGGCUGGGGAUCGGGGAGGUGGUUAUGGUGGAGGGGUUAGUUGUGGAUCCUCUGGGGGCGGAGGGAACAGCCGCCCCAGCUCAGCCACCUGCAUGCGCUGCGAGGGCUGCAAAAAGACAGGUAACCUAUACGACAUCAGCGAGGACAACAACCACCUCUUGGAACAGAUGGGGGGUGGGAAAAGUGGAGGCGCCCAGCCUCAAUCACAAGGUCAGCGCCGAAAGAGUGGCGGCUUUGGUAAACCACUCCGACGGCAACACUCCUACGAUGCUUUUGUAGACCUUCAGAAAGAGGAGGCUUGUGAAGUGGGGGGUGUCAUGGGGGGUCUAGGCGGGGGCAUAGGGGAUGCUGGGAUGGGCGGUAUGUUGCCCCCUCCAAGGAGCGUUAGCUUGAAAGAGAAGGAGCGCUACAUAGAGGGUGUUAGCCCCUUCGCCCACAUAUUUGACAGGCACGGGGGCUCAGAAAGGGAGCGAGACCGAGACCCACUGUUCUACGGUGGUGAGAGGGUCAAAGGAGCAGGGUCAUCGUUCGCCCUGUUCAGAGGAGGCGAAGGCCUUCACCGUCGCUCAGUAGGGGAGCGAGACACGAGGGACAGAGAUAGAAUCAUGAUGGAGGGAGGUGGAGGAGGAGCCUACUCCUUAUCCAAAUCUCUCUACCCAGAUAGGGUCAACCAAAACCCCUUCAUCCCAACCUUCGGCGAUGACCAGUGUCUCUUGCAUGGCGCCAAACAAUACUACAUCAAGAAGCAGCAGCAGCAGCAGCAGCAGAUGCCCUCCAAAAACAGCCCCAGUGACUUCCGGGGCUCCAUGGGCUUGACAUCCUUCUUGCCAGCAACUGCCAAUGCCGGGGUUAUGUCCAACAUGGCCCCCAGGUUCCCCAAGGAGCUGUGUCUGGGAGGGAAUCUCCACGGCUCCACGCUGGGUGUGGGGCCACCACAGCGCCCGUUUAACGGCAGCAACGGGCACGUGUACGAGAAACUCUCCAGCAUAGAGUCGGACGUGUGA